AUUGUAUGAAUACGGAGGAUAAAUUUGACCUCCCAAGGAAGGAUGGAUUUAUUUUAGAUAAAGAAUUUUUUAUCAUAAUUUCAGAGGAAAGCGAAGGAGAAGGAUCGAUCAGAACCAAAACAAACCUUUGAUUUUGUUUUAUUUGAUUGUAAAGAGAAUCGGUUUAUCAGAUUCUUGAAUGAAUUAAUUUACUCAAAUCAAAUCAACCUUCAGAUGACCUUCAGAAUCCUGUAGACAGAUUUCUCCAUGGGAACACAGUGUGACAACAACUCCAAACCUUGAAAACAUUAAGUUCUGAUUUUAACUCAGCAAGAUCUUCAAGAUGGAUGCGGGUCUACUGCGAGAGAGGGAAGCGUUCCGCAAACGUGCGUUGGCGCAGCCUGUGGUUGAGAAGAGACCAAAGCCAUCAUCUCAGCAGCAAGCCAAGAGGAAAAGACUCAAUGACUCAAGAGCACAAGCUCGUAGCCAUGGGUCUGCUUCAAGCUCCAGCGGACAAAACUACAGAAUGAUGCAGGGAAGCUCCAAGUAUAAAUUUGGAGUACUCGCUAAGAUUGUGGAUCACAUGAAGCAACGUCAUCAGCAAGGCGAUACCUUUCCUCUCAGCAUAGAAGAAAUCCUAGAUGAGACAAAACAACUUGACGCAGCUCCCAAGCAGAAGAUGUGGCUCAUCAAUGAGGCUCUUCCGAACAAUCCUAAGAUUGGAAUCGAAGAUGGCAAGUACUUCUACAAAGCAACCUUCCAUCUAAGGAAUCGUAAAGCUUUACUCCGUCUUCUCACCAAGUAUGAUCAACAAGGUCUUGGCGGGAUAAUGAUGGACGAUAUUCAGGAGAGCUUACCAAACUAUGAGAAUUGUAUUAAGAAUCUUGGUGACUUGGUGAUCAUUAUCACCAGGCAAGAUAAGAAGAGAGUAGUCUUCUUUAACGACAAGUCUUGCCAGCUUAAUGUAGAUGAAGAAUUGAAGGAAUUAUGGAACACCACAGCGGUAGACUCCAUUGAUGAGAGUAAAAUUGAAGAACAUUUGAAGAAACAAGGAAUAUCCUCCAUGGAAGAUCUCAGCUUAAAACAUGUGCAUCAAAGGAAGAAGAGACUAGGUCGGAAAGGACCCAGGAAAUUUAAAACGCACAACGAUCAUUUAUCGGGAGUGCUUCAGGAUUAUACGCAGGAUCCCGCAAAACCAAAGUGAAAACUAAACAUCAAGGAAUGAAGUGAUGACUGGACAUCCAUCAUGAACAAUUUGGUUCAACAUGACCUUAAUGUGUAUUGGCAAAGAGAACUCAAGACUGGUCCCCUGUCCUAAUCCGCAAGGACUGGUAUUAGUUUAACAGAACCAGCUAUAUAUUUGGACAAAUGUUGGAUACAACAUACAUGUGUAGCAGUACGUACAUCCUUAUAAGGAUGUUUUAUAUGUAAACAUGUAUGUACAAUUUGACUCUGAAAUGAAUGCGAAAUCAACAGUACACCCAUACCACAUGACUGUCGGGACCUUUACAUCUAGGCUCAAGGCCACUUUCUUGAGUAAUUUACAAGCCUCAAAGUGUGACAACAGACUGAUGUUCAGGUUAUAAAAACUCAAGUUCUGCUGGAGGCCAAGUCAUCGGGGUGUGGGUUCAAGUCCCAUCUGCGACACUUGUGACCUUGAGCAAGAUGCUGUAAUUGCUUCUCUUCAACCAGGGGAACUAAAUGGCUACCGGUGAGGGUACAGAAUAUUGAUGUAAAAGAGUGGCACUCUGUAUACUGAUUUGACUGACGAUGCUGCAUACUCCUAUUAGGAGUUGAGAUCCUUUAAAGCCGUUGGACCCUUUCGCUGCAGAAAAAAA